AGGCAGCAAGUUUGGGCAUCCUGGUGUGCAGAGCCCCCUGCCCCUGCUCACUGCCCGAACAGGAGGUCAGGACCCUGCACAGAUUUCUGGCUUUCCCUUGUUGCUCACUCCAUUGGCAGAUCCACAUCCAGUUUGGUUUCAUUAUGAGCACCAUUUGCAUGUAUACCAGUUCUAUGGAAUCCACCGAGUGAGGUUGUUACCCAAGCACUGCUCGUACGAUAUAACAAAGUGUAUUUAUACCUGCUACUCAGUCAUACUAUUAUCCCAAGACUCCGCAGUGUCAGGAUGGAUCCCAGCUCUGUUAAGUUCUAUCAUACACAUGAGUUUGAUGCAAAAACAAUACUUGAGAAAUAUUUUUCUACAACUACUGAUGAAAAAAUAUUUAGGGAAAUUGUAUUAUUUCCUUUAAGAAGUCUUCAGAAACUACAGGCUUCAGGUAACAUUAAAGGAGGAAUCUUAAUUGACUUUUCCACUGGACCUUCCCUUUCCCAUCUGUUCCCAAUAUGUGAAGAUUUCCAUGACAUCACUCUUCUAGAAACAAAUGAUUUCUGCAUUAAGGAACUGGAGAGCUGGAUAAAUAAAGAAGAGGAAGCUUUCGAUUGGUGUCAUUUAGCUGAAUUUCAUCCAGAACUGGAAGGCUACAGUGAAAAGUGGAUGGAAAAAGAAGAAUCUCUAAGAAGAAAUAUUAAACAUAUUGUGAAAUGUGAUCUCGACAAAGAGAACCCCGCCGAUCCCUUUGUCCUAGAGAAAGCCGAUUGUCUGAUAACUGUGUAUAUAUUACACCAUAUUAGCGAAGAUAAAGACUCUUAUCGCAAGAACCUGAUAAAAUUGUCUUCCAUGAUAAAAGUGGGUGGUCAUCUGAUUAUAGUUGGGGGAUUUAAUGCAACAUUUUUCUCAAUUGGUCAGCACAAGUACCAUGCCUUAAACAUUGAUGAAGACUAUGUAAGAAAGGUUAUAGCAGAUGUGGGCUUUACCAUUGAACAUCUUCAGACAUUAGAGAGCAAAUUAUGUCAUGAUGAUGUAACGUAUGACCACCUUUAUGUCCUUACAGCACGUAAAGUGAAGGAAGUUAAGUUAAACGAGUGACAGGGGUGGAAAAAUGAAUGCAGACUGAGGCCAAAAGAAAGCACCAAUAGGAGUAAUCAGUUCUAUUUUUUCUUUUCUUUUUUUUGGGGACUGACCACUCAGAAAGGGACGCUAGAUGCUAAUAUGGGUAGAAAAAAAUUCAGCUAGGAGUGAACUAUUGUGUGCUAAAAUGAUUCUAAUAAUUUUUCAUCCUGUAAAUUUCCUCUGCCAUUGCACAGAGAUAUAGGGGGUAAUACAGAGUUGUUAGCAAACCUGUUAGGCGCGGCGGUCCGUGACGCCGCUCCGACUGUUGCUGAGCGACGUCACGGUCGCCGCACCUCCCUCUUCCCCCGCCCGGCGCCUAGCAACGCCUGGACACCGUGCGUGCUGUAGCCGCCGGGUCCCUGGCAACGCUAGGACGCCGGGCGUCCACAGCCGCCAGGUCCAUGGCAACGGGGACGCCACUGGCGGACCGCAUUCCCCGUUGCCAGAUACUGAUUUCUUUUGAUUAGUUGCUCGUGCAGCAGGGCAGCUGCACGACAACUAUCAAUUAGGGUCUGGGGGCUGGUCUUGCUGGCUCCAGUGUCAUUGGUCAGUGGGGCCUUUUUAUUGGAAUCAAGCACAUUGCAGCCUCGCCGGUGAUAGCUUCCUGUAUGCUGUUCCUGCCCUGCAGAGUUAUUGUGUCCAGCGUGCUGUUAUCUGGUCGAUCCUGCUUCCUGUAUUCCUGAGUCCUGGAGUUCAGAAGCCGGUCCUGGGAAUCUCUCCAGUUCUCUACUCGAGUGUACCUGUAAACAGUCAUCUUGGGGUUCUCGCUCGUUGGGGUUCUCUCCCGGUUUGGUGAGUAACGGCUUCUGCCGUGUCUUGCGGCCUAGGUCGCUGAGUCCUUGUGUUUAUUUUGCACUGGUGUUUUUGCGGAGGUUUUCGCUCUCACUGUCCUCCCCGGUACACAACGGUGUCGUGUUGGGUGUGGACAGUGGUACCUUUGUUGUUCUUUUUCUUUGGCGGCGUGCCCCACAUAUAUUUAGUUUUAGGUUUCUUAGUAACCCCUAGCUCUCUGUUUGGUUUAGUUAGAGGUCCCCUUGUUGUCAUCCCGUCUCGGUUCACGCCUUGUCUCACACUAAGACCUGGGGGCAUCGGAGUUGGGCAGACCUAAUCUGCCCUUCAAACGCGGCUGCCGUGGGCCCAAGCAACCAUAGUCUCGCAGGCGUGAACUGACCACGCAGGUGAAACAACGGAGGUAGGUUGCUAGGGGUUACCAUCACACCUGGCCAUUAUUUCAGCGUCACAUUCUGGUGCUUUGGAGUUGCUACACUACACCUUUGUUCAGAGCACCAAGAACGUAACAAAACCAAAAAAGUUACCAA